AUGGUCUCUGCCUUUGAUCUGGUGCUCGGGCCGGGCGCCAUCCCGGCAUCGGCAGCGCUGCGGCGCCAGCUCUCGUCGGACUCGCCGGCGCUUUCGCGAUGCUCGACCCCGCUGCAGCUCAGCUCGCCCUCGCCACUGCUGCGCCUGCCGCCAGAAAUCAUCGAGCUGAUCGCCGUCGACCUCGACGAGCUCGCUGAUCUCGUCGCCUUGGCGUCUACCUGCCGAGACCUCUGCGCCCUCAUCCGACCUCACCACAUCGGCUGGUAUCGCAUCUGCUGCGGUCUUGACGAGGCCACUCUCUGGUCCCACCUCGCCGACCACCCACGACUCGCCAGCAAUGUCCGCUGCCUCGUCCUCGACUCGCGACGGCCGCCUCACAUCCCGGACGGGCUACAGAAUGCCGCCGUCUCCCGUCCUUCGUCGUCUCGCGGGCUAACGGCAGAAAAAAAGAACGAGGAGCUUCUUAUCGCUGCCGUCGAGAGGAUGGUCAACCUGCGCAAGCUGGUGUUCCGGAUACGUCCUCCCCUCUCCGGCGACGACUUCUGGUCCCGCCUGUGGCGAGCGUGCCCACGCCUCGAGGAUGUCGAAUGCGCAGACUCCUGCGGCCGCACCGGCACGUCGUCCGACGAGAGGCAGAGCAUUCACGGCUCCACCUUCUUCGAGUGCAGCGGACUCAAGAGGCUCGUCUGGUGCUCCUCGUACGUCCCGUCGGAUCCGGCAUCGAUCAUCGCCGAGCUCGGCGCCCUCGAGACGUCUCUGGUACAGCGCUGCCCGGACCUCGAAGAGCUUCGCAUUCAGUAUACCGACGUCAGGGUGCGCAACGCCAUCUACGGUGGAACGCUGAUGGCCCACGCCCACUGGCCGAAGCUCCGCGUGCUCGAGCUCUCCCGAUUCCACGCCGGGGAUGAGGAGGCUGUGGCUGCCUUCUUUGAGCGCCACCCGCAGCUCGAGGUCCUCAAGGUCGACCAGGUCGAUGCCACAACGGGGCGCUACAUCUACCUCGACAACAUCUCGGACCACGCUCUGCCUCGGCUGCAUACGUUCUGGGGCGGCAUCGACAAUGCCAUCUCGGUGCUGAGCUCGCCGUUGCGGCCCAUUCGACGGAUCCGCGGCGUCCAAUUUGACACCGUCAUGCUGGGCGCGCGCAGGCUGGCCAACUGGACCUCGACGCCGCAGGGGCAGUGUCUGCUCGAGGGCCUCGCCCAGGCACAGCAUCUCGAGGAGGUCGAUGGCGAGUUCGCCGUCGUCGUGUCCGACAAGCUCGAUCUGAUCCGCCUCUUUGAGGCCUGCAAGCGGAUCCGCAUCCUUCGGCUACGCUGUAACGUGGCCGGCUUCCUCGAGACCUACCUCCCGGCUUUUGCCGCGCUGCAGCAGCUAGAGGUACUCCAGUUCCCCCUCCACCAGCUCGACAUCCUCCAGAGGCCGCCGGCGAGCGGCAGCCUGUCCCUGCGGUACCACGGCAGCUCCGACACGUUCGUCGCCACGCUCAAACAGAAGGCGCGCCUGGUCGCUGCCGUCUGCCCGAAGCUGUCCAAGAUCGAUUUUGGCGCUUCCGGGGGGAUGGCCAAGGUGAUCCGAUACGACAACAGCCCCGAGGUCAGCGAGAUCGUUCUGGCAGACGGCGAAGAAGGUGCUGAGGACGUUGACCGAGAGCUGGAGCUGACGAGGAUGGCGGCCGCCAGGAUCCACGGCGGCUGA